UUGGAGAUAAAACAUCUCUUUCUUUACAUAACUCCCCUUCAGAUGAGUCCAGUCAGUCGUAGUUCACUUUGUAAAGACAAUCAGUUUAAAGAGAUAAAGCGGAACAAAGAGGCCAGGCACAUCCGCAUUGAGACCAGCGUUUGAUCAGGAAGUUAAUCUUUAUAAUCGCUCUACAUUAUCCAGUUUUUUCAUAUGGUUUUUAUCCAAUAUUUUUUUCCAGCGCAGAAUGUCAGCAGGCCCUUUUUGCUGACUUGUCUCACUUUUCUUGUUUUUUUGUGAGUGGGGUAAAGACGCCUUGUCCACAGGACUGAGAUUGCUGUCACGCCUUUCCACAGACUAGGAGGCAGGUUCACACUGGAUGUAAAUAUACAGUUUUUAUUUAUGCUUGGCAGCCAUGGGAACUGAAAGCGAACACAUUUUUCCACAUUUUAAAUUUGCAGUAAAUAGAAUUUAUAUCUCUUAAUCAUUACUUUUUUUUUUUUUUUUUUUAUCAAAUCUUACUUUUUUUUUUUCUUUUUGUCCAUAUAUAUAUAUUUUUUCCAAACCAAGGGACUUGUUUCACAGCUUUGUUGGAUUGACUCUCCAAGCAGUAAUGGCCACAGCUCGGCUUGAUUACGUGGCUCCGUGGUGGACAUACUGGCUGCACAAUUUCCCACACUUCAAUUUUCUUUUCCAGUCGGUCGACAACACUUUCAGACCGGAGGAGGCAAACUAUCAGCAGUCUCUAAUAUUUCUGGCUUGUGUUGGUGCCAUUGGCCUCGGCCUGAGCCUCCUUGCCCUGACCCUGUACUUGGUAUGUUUAUGCUGCUGCCGACGGAGCCUGGAUGAAGGAACCAAACGGCCCGAUACCUGUUGUGUCACAUGGGUGGCGGUAAUCACAGGUCUCAUAAUAUGUUCUGCUGUAGGAGUGGGUUUCUAUGGGAACAGCGAGACCAAUGAUGGCAUCUACCAGCUGACCUACUCCCUCUACAAUGCCAAUCACACUCUGGAUGGUAUCAACAGUCUGGUUGCUGGAACUCAAAGCAAUGUGAAAACUGGACUUAAACAACACCUAGAAAGGCUGGAUGAGAUUUUUGCUUCAAGGACUGAUUACCUCCAGGCCCUGCGCUUCCUUCAGCUAAUGGCUAACAACAUCAUUCGUGAGCUGACGGCUCUGCCAGAUAUCAACAGAACCAAGAUUGACUUGGCAGCCAUUGCCGACCAGACUGCUUUCAUUGAGUAUUACAGGUGA